GCCACUCUCUGCAAUAGUUUCACACUAUAAUAAAAGUCGUUACUUUCAUUGAUUUCCAAAAGAACAAUCUUCAAAAUAAAGUAAGAAAAAAAACAAGCUCAAAGUCUUUCGUUUUGCCCAUUCUUCAAAAUAAAGGAAAAAAGUCUGGUUAUUUUUAAAUCCCCUGUUAUAUUAAUCGAUCUGUUGGGUUGAUCAUCAGCUGGUUUCCUUUUGGACUCUCAAAUGGAGGAUAUGGAAGAUACCAAGUCUGAGGCGCAUUUAACCUCUGCUGCAGCAUUUGUUGAAGGUGGAAUCCAGGAUGCUUAUGAUGAUGCUUGUAGCAUAUGCCUUGAAGAAUUUUGUGAAAGUGAUCCAUCCACUGUAACCAGCUGCAAGCAUGAGUUUCAUCUGCAGUGCGUUCUUGAAUGGUGUCAAAGGAGUUCUCAAUGCCCCAUGUGUUGGCAGCCAAUUAGCCUGAAAGAUCCAAUGAGCCAGGAGUUGCUUGAGGCUGUUGAACAUGAAAGGAGUUUUAGGGUCAAUCCGUCUAGAAAUGCAACCGUAUUCCAUCAUCCGACUUUGGGGGAUUUUGACCUACAUCUGCCUGUGGGGGCAAAUGAAGCUGAGCUCGAGGAGCACAUAAUGCAGCAUUUGGCAGCUGCUUCUGCUGCAAUGGGGCGAGCACGUCACAUUGCAAGAAGAGAAGGUCCAAGGAAUAGGUCAUCUGCUCAAGCUUAUCCACAGUUCUUGGUAGUUUCAUCUCAUCCAAACGCUGCCUCCACUGGUCCUUUAUCUUCAUCAUCCCCAACUCAGAGAGAAGGUGAGCCAACCCUAGCAAACGCGGUUGGCACUCCAUCCUCUCCAGAGAGAACCGUGGGGGAAGAAUCUUCAGCAUCAAUUACUCCUAUACCUUCUGCCCAAGCUGAUCGACAGUCAGCAUCUGGCUCCAGUGUUCUUUUGGUCAGUGAUCAAGGGAAUUCCUUGAACAAGAGGUCUCCUAAUCAAUCUUCUAAUAGUCAUGAUAGAGCAGGACCUUCAGAAUUCCAGUCAUUUUCAGAAUCACUAAAAUCGAAGUUUAAUGCUGCUUCAAUGAGAUACAAGGAGUCAAUUUCAAAGAGUACAAAGGGGUGGAAAGAGAGGUUCUUCUCUCACGACACUUCCAUGUCAGAGAUUGGCUCUCAAGUUAGGAGAGAGGUUAAUGCUGGCAUUGCAACAGUCUCACGAAUGAUGGAGCGUUUAGAAACCCGAGAUAAUAGAACAAGCACAGCUACUGUAUCAAACAGUUCGGAAAACUGGUUUAACCUGGAAUCAAAUAGUCAACAGAUUUCCGACGCUGGUGGUGAAACUGCUUCGACUGAAACCAGUGCACUAGCUUCACGUGCCACCAGUUCUGCUUCCAAAUAAGUGUCGUAUUCGUAUCGGCAUCAUCCAACAAUGUUUUAAGAUCAAAAGGUAUGGAUGUUUGGCAGACAUAUGAAGAAAUCCGUUUGUGAUUGAGAACUGAUCCAGAAUGGAACAUAUGCUGAGAAACAAAUAAGUG